CCUUAAAGAGAAACCCCAGCUCUCAAUCUCACGCACCACCUUACCCAACUUGUCAUGUUCAACUUUUUGGGAUCUGCUACUAAAAUUGUCGGUCAAUCAAUGCUUAGCUGCUUCGACCCUCCUCACUUCUUUCACUAUAUAAACCCCAUCUCACUCUCUUCUUCACUUCACAUUUUCACAACAACAAUCUCACAAACCAGAACACCAUGAAGCUCGAACACCACCUCUCCCUCCUCCUCCUCCUCCUCUUCAUCCUCACCCUCCGCUCCCUCACCCCAACCUCCGCCGCCUGCCACGUGGACGACGAAACCGGCCUGCUCGCCUUCAAGUCAGGCAUCACAGCCGACCCCUCCAACAUGCUCACCUCAUGGAAGAAAGGCACCGACUGCUGCACCUGGUCCGGCGUACAAUGCGACAACAACCGCGUCACACAGCUGUCCGUCACCGGCCAACUCGACAAGCCCAACUCCUUUUUAUCCGGUACAAUCUCUCCCUCCCUCUCAAAGCUCACAUUCCUCAGCGGCAUCUAUCUCCAGAAUCUCAGAAACCUCACCGGUCCCUUCCCGGCUUUUCUUUUCCACCUCCCCAAUCUCAAGUACGUCUACAUCGAAAACAGCAAGCUCUCGGGUCGGAUACUCGCUUCCGUCGGCAACUUGACCCAACUCGAAGCACUCAGCUUUUACUUCAACCGCUUCACCGGUCCGAUCCCGAGCUCAAUUUCUAAGCUGACUCAGUUGACUCAGCUCAAACUCGGCGGCAACAUAUUAACCGGGUCGAUCCCAAACGGCAUCAAAAACCUCAACAAGCUCACAUUUUUGACUCUCGAGCGAAACGGGUUGUCGGGUCCCAUUCCCGACUUCUUCGCCUCAUUUCCCGAGCUCCGAAUUCUCAGGCUUUUCCGCAAUAAAUUUACUGGGAAAAUCCCAGCUUCAAUCUCUGCUUUGGCGCCAAAAUUGAUCUACCUUGAGCUUGGCCACAAUGCAUUGACCGGUCAAAUCCCAGCGUUUCUAGGAAACUUCAAGACCCUCGACACACUUGAUCUUGGUCACAAUAUGUUAACAGGCACUGUGCCGACCACACUUGCUAAUUUGACCAAGAUCUUCAAUCUCGAUCUUUCAAAUAAUCAACUUGUGGAUCCAUUUCCGCAGCUGAAUGUGAAAGGCAUUGAGUCACUUGAUUUGUCUUACAACAAGUUCCAUCUGAAGGAGAUUCCGAAAUGGGUUACUUCUUCGCCGAUUAUUUACUCUCUGAAGCUUGCAAACUGCGGGAUUAAGAUGAAGCUGGAGGACUGGAAGCCUGCGCAGACCUAUUACUAUGACUACAUUGAUUUGUCUUGGAAUCAGAUUACGGGCAGUCCGAUUGGAUUGCUGAACAAGACUGAUUACUUGGUGGGUUUUUGGGCUUCUGGAAACAAGUUGAAGUUUAAUCUUGAGAGCUUGAGGAUUGUGCAGACAUUGAAGCACUUGGAUGUAUCAAGGAAUUUGGUAUUCGGGAAGGUGCCUAAGGCAGUGAUUGGGCUUGACAGACUGAACGUGAGCUAUAAUCAUCUGUGUGGACAACUCCCGGCCACCAAGUUUCCGGCUUCAGCAUUUUUGGGGAACGAUUGUCUCUGCGGUUCUCCACUGGCUGCAUGUAAAAAGGCCUAGGUAGUAAGUCAGAACAGCCUCAUACCACAUGGUCAUGCACUCAUGCUAACUUAGUAUUUGUAGGCUUGCUGUUGGUGAUUAAAAACACAAGAAGCUUGAAGGAAAUAAAAGAGUAUGGAGUGAUAAGUUGGGAUAAGUUCACUUGAUAUUAGGAGAAGGAGAAAAAACAAAUCUUUCUUUAUCUUCUAUGUUCUGUAGAGUUUAUGUUAGUAGAAAUAAAAGGCAAAUCAAACUUUCCUGUUAUGGUAACAGGAACUUUUUC